AGCAAUAUGGCGGGAGGUUUUGCGGCCUCUUGGCCUCUUGGCUUUGGUGCUCCUUGUCUAUGCUUCUCAACGUACCGACUGCUGAUCUUGUCGGACAGCUUUGAUCGAUAUACGAUGAUCGACGAGCGCGAGAAUGCUGGUUUUCGUGUGCAGCGAGUUGACGCGGGAGAAAGCCUUCGGUUCAUCGAGAGAUCGGGAUCAGCACGCUUCAAUCGCGAACGAUUUCUCGCGUGUCGCCAUGCAUCGGGCACUUGCCAGCCACGUUGUCAUGUGCUAUGAUCUCAGCGAUAGACAACGCUGCCUGUUUAAGAAACUCGAGUAGGCCUUGUUCGUGGAGGAAGCAUACUGCAUCAGGUGGUAGACACAACUCCUUGUCCCACCAUCGCUUAUCCUCUUUUUUCUCCAUUAUCCCCACACAAUUCUUUCAAGAUGCUCGGCUUGCAGAUUGAUAGCGGCCCGAACCCGCCUAGCGAUGAUAUUGUUGCUAAUGGCGGUGGUAGUGGUGCAGCAGAAGAUACUGCCACAUCCCAUAACAGCAGUUCUCAACAAAAACAACAUGUUAAAGGUGUCGAACCAUCGAUCCCAGUUGCCAUCUGCGGCAUGGCCUUGCGUGCACCAGGAGGUGCCGCUUCACCCGAAGAGUUCUGGGACUUCCUGAUCAACAAGGGCGAUGGAAGAACCAAAGUCCCCAAAUCAAGAUAUAAUGUCGACGCAUAUUACUCGCCUGAAAAGAAGGCUGGCGCCAUUGCAUCAGAAUACGGCUACUUCCUCGGAGAGGACGUGAGCCUGGGCGCCCUGGAUACAUCGCGCUUUACCUUGAGCCGCACAGAACUGGAGUUCGCAGACCCGCAGCAGAGAUUGAUGCUCGAGGUCGUCCGCGAAGCUUUUGACGAUGCAGGAGAAGUCAACUACAAAGGAGCCCGGAUAGGCUGCUAUCUCGGAAAUAUGGGCGAGGACUGGGGUGAAUUAAUGAACCGGAAUCCUCUAUCGCACGGAGCAAACAGAAUCGACGGUUACAAUGACUGGAUGCUCGGAAACAGGAUCUCUUACGAAUUUGGACUGACAGGCCCCAGUCUCACAAUUCGAACAGCUUGUUCCUCGUCGCUCGUCGGCUUGAAUGAAGCCUGCGCAGCCAUGCAGAGAGGAGCCAGCGAGGGUGCAAUAGUGGCGGGCAGCACAAUCAUCAUGGCGCCCGGAACCACGCAGUCCAUGAGUGAGAAGGGCAUCCUUGGUCCAGAUGGUUCGUGCAAAACCUUCUCAGCUGAUGCCAAUGGAUAUGCUCGUGGUGAAGCCAUUGUAGCACUCUAUGUUAAGCCCUUGGAGGCAGCCAUCCGGGAUGGCAACCCAGUUCGAGCAGUCAUUCGCUCAGCAUUGUCAAACUCAGAUGGCAAGACACAAGGCAUUACGAAUCCAAAUCCGGCAAUGCACGAGGCGUUGAUUCGCAAAGCAUACGAGCUCGCCGGGCUGAAUCCCAAGGACACCGCUUUCUUCGAAUGUCAUGGCACUGGUACAGCUGUCGGUGACCCUCUGGAGACCGGUGCUGUGGCAAAUGUCUUCGGAGACGAUGGCAUCCACAUCACCAGCAUCAAGCCCAAUAUCGGGCAUACUGAAGGUGCUUCCGGCCUGAUGUCCUUAAUCAAGGCGGUAAAGUCGCUCGAGCACAAGACUAUACCACCUAACAUCAAGUUUACCACGCCAAACCCGAAGAUUCCAUUCAAAGAGCGAAAGUUGACGGUUCCCGUGGAGCCAACUCCAUUUCCAGAAGACCGAGCAGAGCGAGUGAGCGUCAACUCCUUUGGUCUUGGUGGCUCCAAUGCUCAUGUCAUUGUCGACUCCGCCCGAAGCUUCGGCAUCACGAACGAGCCUCAACGUGAGCAAGCUCCAUCGGAAAUGCAGCUGCUUUUGUUCUCCGUCGGUUCCUCGGCGUCUUUGAAGACAGUGAUCAGCGACUAUGAAGACCUUCUUGUGAAACAGCCAGAGCUGCUCGAUAGAGUCGACGACAUGGCAUACACAUUGGCAAACCGCAGAGAGCAUCUUCCAUAUCGUGCGUUCAAGGUCGUCGGCCAGAUAGAAAGUCCAGCAUCGGUUGGCAAGAAGACCUCAGCUAAAGCUCCAGAGCUUGUCAUGUGCUUCACUGGACAGGGCGCACAAUGGCCUCGCAUGGGCCACGAUCUGAUGCAGCGCGACGACCUUCCAUACCAGAAGACGAUCAGAGCUCUUGACGAGUAUCUCCAAGCUCUGCCUGAGCCUCCGAAGUGGACACUCGAAAAGGAGCUCUAGCGGACUGGCCGUACUUCGAAUGUGCAGAAGGCAGAAUUCUCACAGCCAUUGUGCACUGCCGUACAGAUUGCUCUGGUCGAUUUGCUCCGAUCGGUUGGUGUGAAGCCAGCAGCUGUUGUGGGACAUAGCAGCGGCGAGCUCGGGGCUGCCUAUGCUGCUGGAGCUCUCACAGCCCAGGAGGCCAUUAUCGGCGCCUACCAACGUGGACGAGCGGCGACUCUGCAAGACCGCAAGGGUGCCAUGGCCGCGGUCGGACUGGGCUGGGCAGAGGUCGAGCAGUACUUGAGUCCACCACAUUGCAUCGUCGCCUGCGAGAACUCCCCAAAAAGUGUCACGAUCUCCGGCGAUGCAGAUGCUGUUCAAGAGACUAUCAAUCGCAUCAAGGAGGACAACCCAGAUAUCACGGCCCGUCUUCUCAAGGUCGAGAAAGCUUAUCAUUCGUACCACAUGGCCGAGAUUGGAGAUAAGUAUCUCGACAAGAUUGCUGACCACGUCGGUGGCAAAGCUCCUGAGCUUCCGUUCUUCUCCAGCGUCACAGGGAGCGGAGAGCCCGAGCAAAGCCCACUGGAUGCUUCGUACUGGGUGCGAAAUUUGGCGAGCCCCGUGCUGUUCAGCCGCGCAGUUGCUGGGCUCUUGAAGCACAUCGAUAAUCCAGUCUUCCUGGAGGUCGGACCACAUGGCGCUCUUGCAGGACCUGCUAGGCAGAUUUUUGCCCAAGAAGGUGCUUCUCCACCAUAUCUCUCCGCCAUGGUUCGCAACGAGAACUGCGUCGAGAAGUACCUCGCCGCCAUUGGUUCGCUCUUCGAGAACAACAUUCCCGUUGACUUCAAGACCAUGUUCCCCGGAGAGAAAGCAAUGUCAGGCCUUCCUCGCUAUCCAUGGAAUCAUGAGCAAGAGUACUGGUACGAAUCGAGAAUGUCGAAGGAGUGGCGCUGGCCAGCGUAUCCAAAACACGAGCUGCUCGGACGCAGAUUUCUUGAGACGACCGAUUUCAACCCAAGUUUCCGUAACUUGGUAAGCAUUGCGGAGGCCCCGUGGCUGCGCGAUCACAUGAUCGACGGCACUGUCAUUCUCCCUGCUGCAGGCUAUGCUGCAAUGGCAGGAGAGGCAGCGAGGCAGCUGAGCGGCAAGAAUGAUGCCUAUAGCCUCAAGCACGUCGUCCUCAACCAGGCUCUUGUGCUUACCGAAGAUGCUGAGAUCGAAGUUGUCACAUCGCUCCAUCGUCAUCGUCUCAGCGACGCAGAGGAUAGCGAGUGGUGGGAGUUCACCAUCGCCUCACACAAUGGCACGAAUUGGGUCAAGCACUGCAACGGGCAGGUCACUGCCAAGGAGGUAGAGGCGGCUUCCGUGCAGCUUGAGGCAGAAUCUCUGCCGCGCAAGAUCUCGAAGACCAAGAUGUAUGACAGUCUUGCAGGCGCGGGCAUGGAGUACGGCCCCGAGUUCCAGCUUCUGGAGAGCAUCGAGACAGAUACUGUUGCUCGCAAGGCCACUGCCACUCUUGGUGAUCAUGAAGGAGGCGGUGACGAUGACUACCACUUGCACCCAACGGUCAUUGAUGCCGCUCUUCAGUUCGGCCUCAUUGCAUCUGUGCAAGGCAAAGUCAACUCAGGCAACCUGAGUGCGAUGCCGACGCUUCUGGAGGAUGUCACCAUCGUCAGAGCGGACACUGAUGCCGCUGACGUGAAGGUCGUCGCAGACACAGACGUGAUGCCCGGCUCUGGAGAGAUCCAAGGUGCCUUCCAAGUAAUCGCAGAUGGAAAGGCGGUUAUGGAUUUGCCGAAGGCGCACUUCACACCUGUGAGCACCAACCAGAAGAAGAGCGAGCAUCAGCUGCCCGUGACCGCUCGUGUCGAGUGGCGCCAGCACAUUGACUUCCAGAAUCUUGAAGACCUUGUCGAACGUCAGGUCGACCGCAAUGUUUACACUCCGGCUCUCGACAGCAUGGGCAAACUUUGCAUCGAAUACAUCCAGCGACAUGUCCAAGGACUGGAACAGAAGUCAGAGGAUCCGACAGUGAGUGCUUACACAGCAUGGAUCGGUCCACAAUUCGAAAUCAUCGGCAAAGACUCGCCUAUGCUCAAAGAUUCUGGUGCGGAUUCUGAUGCGCUGCCUCGCAUCGAAGAAGCGUACAAGAAGCUGGAGGGUACUCCAGUUGCCGGAUGCGCCGCUGCUUUGUACAAGGUCGCAUCGAACAUUGACAACUUGUUGACCAGCAAAGUGACCGGGUACGAGCUUUUGGGCGCUGAUGAUACCCUGAUGAGCAUGUUCCAACAGGGAAGCACCAUCGACACAAGCAAGCUCGUUCAAAGCAUUGCCCAUGCUCAGCCAAACUUGCGGGUUUUGGAGGUUGGAGCCAUCAGCGGCGAUUCCACUGCAGCACUUCUUGCGCUUCUACAACUGCUGAUCGCCAAGCCUAUGUACUCCAAGUACACAGUGACCAGCCACUCGUCUUCCUCGUUCGGCGAUCUCAAGAAGCGCUUCGCUGACAAGCCAAACAUGGAGUACCGCGUCCUUGAUAUUGAGCAGGAGCUCGAGGGCCAAGGUUUCGCUGAUGAUCAGUACGAUCUGAUCAUUGCAACGAAUACUCUGCAUGGCGGCAAGAGCCUCCAGCAAGGUCUUGCUAACUGCAAGAAGCUUCUUGCUCCAAGUGGUAGAUUGGUGAUCUCGGAGAUCACCUCCGAUUCGAAGUGGGUCAACGUUGCUUGUGGCCUCUUCGAGGACUGGUGGAACGGCCAGUCUGACGAGCGAGAGCAAGAGCCUUACGCUACGCCAGAUCGAUGGCAGUCCGAGCUCGAGAAAGCGGACCUCAAGCUGGACUUCACGACCCUCGAUGGUGAUGAGCCAAACCAGCUCAGUGCGCUGUAUGUGGCGCAACCAAACGUUCGAACUGAGUCAGGCAAGGCAGUCACCAUCCUUGAAUAUGCCUCGACAGAGCGUGGCGACGCAUUGGCUGGGCUACUUGCUAAGCAUGGUUGGAAGGUCGACAGGAGCAACCUUGGUACUGCACUCCCAGCAUCGCAGGACAUCAUUGCGUUGCUGGAAGAGGAAGAGCCAUUCCUGGAAAGCCCAUCGGAGGAGCAUUUCAAGGCAUUCCAGGCAAUGCUUGCUGGCCUUGGAGACUCUGGACUCUUCUGGGUGACUAAGCUCAGUCAGAUCAACUGUACCAACCCGAGAUUCGCGCAAAUCAUUGGUGCCUCUCGCUCCAUCCGCAAUGAGGAGUUGCUUUCGUUCGCAAUGUGCGAAGUCGACGAUCUUGGUGCCUCAAUGGACAAGGUUGUGCAGGCUUUCGCCAGGUUCCAAGCAAGACCAGAGAGCAACGACCUCCGACCAGACCUGGAAUACGCCAUCACAGACGGUGGCAUUUACGUGCCUAGAGUGUAUCCAUUCGAGCUCGUCGACGAGCCAAUCCCUGAUGGCGAAGCAGAUGCACGCAUGUCUUGGACCAUCGACUCUCCUGGUCGACUCGGAUCGCUGCACUGGGAUACCGGCAUCCGGGAGGAGCUCGACAGCAGCAAUGCCGUUGAGAUAAAGGUGAUGGCAGCGGGCGUGAGCUCUGCGGACGUUGCACAGAUCAUGGGCCACGCUCCAUAUCCAGCCGGAGGACUGGGCACUGAUGCAAGUGGUAUUAUUUCCCGGGUCGGCUCAGCCGUCAAGGACUUCGCAGUUGGAGAUCGCGUCAUGUGCCUCGGUGCUGGCACCAUCGGAUCGUACGUGGUCACAUCGAGCACACUCUGCGAGAAGCUGCCAAGCCAUAUGACUUGGGAGCAGGCAGCUGGUCUACCCACAGCAUACUGUACAGCAGCCGCAGCGCUAGAUGGACUGAAGCCUGGACAAAGCGUGCUCAUUCACAAUGCUUCACAUGAGGUUGCGCAAGCGGCUGCGUUCCUGGCCAUCGCUAUGGGUGCAGAAGUCUAUGCGACAACAACCAACGCCGAUCACCUCGCCACAGCAGUCCGCAUCCCUCGCGAGCGUAUCUUCAACAGCGAAGACUCUAGCUUUGUGCAGGAUGUCAUGCGCGAGACGAACGACAAGGGCGUCGAUCUCGUCUUGAAUUCAUUGACGGGUGCUCUGCUGCAUUAUUCCUGGAAAUGUGUUGCUGAAUUUGGCAAGAUGGUGGAGCUUGGCAGCCAGGACAUUCUUGCCUCUGCUCAAUUGGACAUGAGCUCGUUCCUCGGCGGACGAAGCUUCACCGGAGUGUUCCUUGAUGCGAUGAUCGCCACAAAGCCGGAGGAAGUGAACAGGCUCCUGCAAACAGUUGCUCAAUUGCUUGAAAAAGAGCGCAUCGCACCACUGAUGCCAUGCAACGCAUUCGGCAUGUCUGAUGUGCAGAAAGCCGUCAAAGCGGUCCAAGAUGAGAAGCAUGUUGGACAGAGCGUGCUUAGGAUCCGUGAUCCAAAGGGCAACCUCCAGGUCGAAUCUGCCCCAGUCCGUGCCGCAGACGAGAGAGUUCUCAAGCUGGAUUCUUCAGCUUCCUACUUACUUGCUGGAGGACUUGGUGGCAUUGGCAGCGUCAUCGCUCGUCACCUGGUAGAGCAUGGAGCUCGACGCAUUGUUUCGCUGUCCAGAAAUCCUGGUUCCAGGGAAGAAGAAAAGGCCGUCAUCCACGAGCUCGAAAGCAUGGGCGGCUGCGAGGUCAAACUCGUGGCAGGCAAUAUGAUCAAACAAGAGGACAUCGUUCGUGCCGUGAGAGAAUCUACGAACUUGAAAGGUGUGGUGCACUCCCCUAUGCUUGUCGCCGACGAGGGCUUCAAGAACAUGUCCUUGGAACAGUGGCACCGAGCUUCGGACCCCAAGGUCAAGGGUGCAUGGUAUCUCCACGAGGCGGUGAUCGAGGCAGGCUUUGAUCUCGACUUCUUCCUCUUCUUGUCCUCGAUGUCUGGUCUGAAUGGACAACCCGGACAGGCCAACUACUCCGGCGCUAAUACUUUCUUGGACGCUUUCGUCCAAUAUCGCAACGACCUCGGCCUUGCUGCAUCUUCGAUAGACAUUGGUGCAGUGGCAGACAUGGGGUUUGCCGCGCGCGACGAUGCUCUGCUCAAGAGGCUGUUGACUAACGGCUACUCUGGGUGUACCGAAGCAGAAAUCCUUGACGCUGUCACUGCAGCAAUCCAGCUGCCACCAGCCAGCAAAGCGGCCAAUACCAGCGCGGGAGGAAGUGGCUACGCCUUCAACAACACGUUCGCGACUGGCUAUUCCUCUGCGCUAAUAAGGAACGAGCGCCAAGAAGUGAAUGGAUGCCUCAGGCAUCAAGUAAAUGAGUCGCGUUUCGUGACAGCUAUAGCGACUUUUAUACUAGCGAGAUCUCAUCCAGAGUCCCGAUCGUGGUGGAAGACAGAUCUCCGCAUGGCUGUAUGGCACAAUAUUGGGGCCGGUGACGAGAAGAGCGAUGACGGAAACAACCUGAAGGCGUUCAUCGCCAGAGCGAAAGCGGAGCCAGAGCUUCUCAAGGCACCCGACACUGCUGGCUAUCUGGCCAUGGAGAUCGGUCGUCAACUCAUGGCGUUGCUGUUGCAAGAAGAGGACGAGAUCGACAUCUCAUUGCCAGUGGACCAGCUUGGUCUGGACAGUCUGGUUGGUAUCGAAUUGCGAAACUGGUGGAAGCAAACGUUUGGCUUCGAUAUCUCAGUGCUCCAACUCUUGGGUAUGGGAACCUUGGAGUCGCUCGGCAAAGCAGCUGCAGAGGGUAUGGAGAAGGCUUUGAAUGGGUAAGCGAUGAGUGUAGAAAUCGUUUGGGCUGGCGUCUGGUCGUGGGCUGCAGUUUGGCCUCUUGAUAGUGUAAUUGGUGUUUGGCGUUGUAGACAAUGCAUUUCAUCACUGUACUCCUCGAGCAUAUUCAUCUCUUACUGCCUCUGCUGUCCGCGUCGCCAUGAAUACGCCUGCAAGCCCGUCGCCGCGCCCGAAGCUGCUGCACUCUGCACGCGCUUUCGGGUGGAGCGUUCUUCGAAUGUUGGUCGUAAAGCUGGCUGCCCUUGACAUGAGCUA